GUAGUGCAGGCCAAGACUUCCAGAGCAGCGACCCUUGCUCGCUCUACCUGGGGUAAUCGGUUCGGACGUGCCUCGGGUCUGGUCUGGCCCUUUCGCGGCUCGUUAUAUGUGCUCGACGCCCUGUCUGCUCCGUGGGACUCGUAUCACAUACACCAACACUCGCCUUAUCGACCGCUCCACCGCCCAGAGUCGCCCGUCGUCAUCAUGAAGCCAAGGAGUCUCUACCUCGCGCUUGGCCUCGUGCCAACGGCCCUAUGCGCACCUGUGCCAGCCGUGCUAGUAGAAGGCAUCGAGACUGCCCCUGAAACAUCAGCCUUAGCGCAGGCGCUAUCGAGAUUCCAUCCAAAGCACAGCUUUUUCAGAUCCGCCCCUGAGGUCGUCGGAGAAAGUGCUCCAUCUCCAGCACCAUUCGAUAACCGUCCUUUCACCCCUACGGCCUCGGACAAGCCCUCAGACGUACUCGCGUUGCCGCGCCCGAUAGCCACUGACUACCUCCUCUCGGCUACUUCAGACGGGAAGAGCCACGGCUCUGCCGCCGCAACGCCAGGGUCAGAUGCUGACGACUCGUUUACGAUCACCGAGAUGGAGGUUACCGUUGGGAUCCCGUCACAGGGCAUGCCGUGUCGCCGCGCGCGCCUGUCACGAGACCGCAACGACAUGCUUGCCGUCUUGCUUGCCGUGACCUUCCUCGCGGUAGUCGUCAUGGUCGAGACAUGGGCAUCUGUCUGCCGCAGUGCACGGUACCUGUUUUGCAGGCAGGGGGCCAUCCGGCUCGAGGAAGAUAGCACGCGCCAGUUGCUAUCAACUGGGGCGGCCACUGACGACUCGAUGGAGGGGCUGGGGGAAAAAGACGACUGCGAAGCAAAAUUCAGGUGACGAAACGGAAGGAUGGCACCUUGGCAGGUGUUGGAGAGAUUCAUUUCUCUUGUUUUCUUGUUAUCUAUUCUUUUUAGUUCCCACUUUUUU